AUGCAGCAGGAAGUGGAAAAGCCUUCCCGGGGGCCCCAAGCCCAGUUCCAGCAGGGCCAUCAAAUCCCUGUGGAGCAUCACAACAAGCCUGGCUUGCAGGCUGAGAUGGAGAACCCAAAGCCUGUAUCAAGCAAAGUGCCAACUGAAGAUGGCGGGUACCAGACCUACAAAGCGGCUGGCAAGCUUUCAGGAAAGAAGGCCAUCAUCACUGGUGGCGAUUCAGGAAUUGGUCGCGCCAUCGCCAUUCUUUUUGCAAUGGAAGGAGCUUCUAGUUUGAUCACAUAUCUUCCUGAAGAGGAGAAAGAUGCGCAGGAGACGAAGCGACGAGUGGAAGAAAUCGGACAAGCAUGCCAUUGCUUUGCAACUGAUCUCCGCGAAAAGAAGAAUUGUCAGAAGGUGGUCGACACAGCCCUCGAGACCUUAGGUGGCAUCGAUAUUCUUGUCAAUAACGCUGGCACUCAAACGAUGAUCGAUGAUAUCAAGGAUUUGGAAGAGUCUCAAUGGGAGAGCACAUUCGAUACCAACAUUCAUCCCAUCUUCUAUCUGUCGAAGUAUUCGCUGCCCCAUAUGAAGAGUGGCUCGACGAUUAUCAACUGUGCUUCUGUUAAUCAUUACAUUGGUCGACCCGACCUGCUUGACUACACUGCAACAAAAGGUGCGAUUGUUGCGUUCACCAGAGGAUUGUCCAAUCAGCAGGUUAAGAAUGGAAUCCGAGUGAACUGUGUGUGUCCUGGACCGAUUUGGACCCCUUUGAUCCCAGCAACCAUGAAUUCUUCUGCACAAGACCAAUUCAGUGGCACACCAAUGGGUCGCCCAGGCCAACCUAGUGAGGUUGCGACUUGCUUUGUCUUCCUCGCAAGCCAAGACAGCAGCUUCAUCUCCGGCCAAUCUUUGCACCCGAACGAGAGGAGUUGUGAUCAAUGGCUAAGCUUCUGA